CCCAGCUUUCUACCUACCCUCCCAUCUAAGCUCUAGACAAUGUCGAACAAAGCUGGAGGAAUGCACGUCUCGGUGUUCAUCGUCGCGCUGCUCACCAUCGGCUCGUGCAUGUCUCUGUUGACGAAAUACCAAGCGAGUCGUCGAGGCUAUGUCGACAAGAACCGGCUGAUUUAACCCCCGCGCAGGAUAUGCAAUGCGUUGCGAACUGCGACGACGGAGACGAUCCGGCUACGCGCGUGAUUUACGAGCAGCCCGUGCUGCAGACUGUCUUUAUGUUCUGCGGCGAGAUACUGUGUGUCCUUCCGACGGUCUACAGCUUCCUGAUGGGGCGAUUCGCGCGACAGAACAACGACGACUCCUCCAACACUUCCCGGGAAGGCGCGGUUCGCCUGGUCGAGGACGAUACGGGUGGUGCCGCGGGCAUCGCCAAGCCUGCGAUGUCGUACAGGCGGUUCCUCUGGUUCUGGAUGCCGGCGUCGUGUGACUUGGUUGCGACCACGUGCAUGAACAUGGGGCUCAUGUCCCUGCCCAUCUCGAUCUUCGAGAUGACGCGGGGGUCGAUGAUCCUGUUCACUGGUCUGUUCGGCGUCAUCUUUCUCGGGCGCCGGUUGUUUGUGUUCCAAUGGAGCGCGCUGUUCCUCGUCGCGCUGGGCGCGUUCUUCAUCGGCUUCAGCACGCAGCUGAAGAAGUACCUCGCCUCCAGCGCUGGUUUCACCGAGACGAACUACGCCGCGCUGAUCGUCGGGAUCAUGUUCAUCCUCACGGGCCAGGUCUUCACCGCGCUCCAGUUCACAAUCGAGGAGUGGCUGAUGGCGACCUACUCUGACAUCGACUCCUCGCUCGUCGUCGCGGGCGAGGGCGUCUUCGGCCUGCUCAGCGUCCUGACGCUCGUCCCCACGCUGCGCGCCACGCACCUCGUUUCGUCGCCGUACUUCGACCUCGCCGCGGGCUGGGCGCAGACGACGAGCAACCCCCACAUUUGGCGCGCGGCCAUCGGCCUCACGAUCACGAUCGCGUUCUUCAACUACUCCGGCGUCAGCAUCACGCGCCGCCUGAGCGCGACGAGCCGCGCGCUCGUGGAUGCGUGCCGCGCGCUGAUCCUGUGGACGGUCAGUCUGGUGCUGGGCUGGGAGGCGCUCAGCUGGGUCGCGUCGCCGCUGCAGAUCCUCGGGUUCUCGUUGCUUGUGUAUGGGACGCUCCUGUACGGCGGACUCGUGCCGGUUCCCUUCCGCCGCGGUGUUGUCUUGGAAGGGCCCGAAAGCGCGUAGAUAUAUCUUUUUAGGGGUUUCGAGGGCUGUCUGCUCUUCGAGCAGUCUGAAUGAAAUUGGAAUUUGGAUUUGUUGACAUGUCUGUGAUAUUGGUUUCCGCGAGUCAAGCCGUCCUAGGGAUUCAAGAUGUGAUUUGAGCGAUUUCUUCGUAAAUGACAGGCAAACAGACGACACUCAGCUUCCCCGUGCCUCGCAAAUGUGCUCUUUCGGUGAAAAAUCAGAGUUGGAAUAAUCGGCCGCAAUAUGACAUUUUUCAAAGCUGCUGCUUCGUAAAAUAGCCAUGCAUAGAAACGCAAGACGGGUGUCACCAGUGUGCGAUUCCAUAAUGUGGCGUUGC